CAACUAACACUGGAAAAACCAUCAAGCAAAACAAGUAGUUUGUCUAUCUUCCAAACUAUUACAACCUUAAACACAAUUACAUAUUUCUCUCGAUAUAAACGAGUUAAACUUUAAACUUUCUCAUAUUAGUCAUGGCACCACCACAUGGAGAGGCAGUUCUUACAUCCUUCCCCAUGCCUACAAGAAACUUCUCGAGACCACCAAAGCUUGCUAAUGACAACCUUAAGAGGACGGUCUCUGACAUUGCUUUCGAGUUAAGCAAGGAGAUGGAUAGGGAGAUAGAAGAAUCACAAGCUCUUCCGCCUAUCUCAGAAGCAGAAGAUGCAAAGUGUGAGUGUUGUGGGAUGAGUGAGGAGUACACGCCGGAGUACAUAAAGUGUGUACGUGACAAGUUUCAAGGUAAGUGGAUAUGUGGGUUGUGCUCUGAGGCUGUAAAGGAAGAAAUGGAGAAAAAUGGAGGGAUGUGUAAGGAAGCCCUAGAAACUCACAUGAGCCAUUGUCAUAGGUUCAAUAAGCUUGGUAGGGCUUAUCCGGUGCUAUGCCAAGCCGAAGCCAUGAGAGAGAUUUUAAAGAAGAGCUCUAAGAUUAGAGCCAAGUCUCUGAGCCCUCGAGACCUCAAAGGUGCUCCAAAGAAAGGUGGCAUCACUAGGAGCUCUAGUUGCAUGCCUUCCAUGAUGAAUGACCUUACUAUUGACAACUAACUCAUCUAUUGGCAUGUAUUUAUUUUGCUUUGAUUUACUUAUAAUUAAGCUUUUUAACUUCUAGGGUUGUUUUUGAUGGUCGACAACAUCGGAUUCAUUGUUUUUAACACCUCCUUUUUUUGGUUUUAAGGGGGGUUUUAUCUUCUUGGAUUAACAUAAGUUGUGCUAAUGAUGAUCCCACUUUGUUCUACACCUACACCCUUUUAGGGUUUCUUGAGUGGGUUCAUAAUUAGCAUAUACUAAAUGAGUUGAUGAGUACCAUUAUUAGUUUUAUUUGUCUACUAAUAAUAGUAAUUUGUUUAUGUAAUGAGGCUGCCAUAUUGUUUGUUAAGCCAUUGGAGCUGCCAUCUUUGGCCUUUCCUUUCGGCUUAACCGGAAGUCUUCUUGUAAUAUUUUGUAUUAUGAAAUAACUAAUAAAAACUUUGUA